AUGUGGCCCCUCCAAGUUGAUAAAAAAAGGAUCAAAGAAGAGACAAAGAGGGCCCUCCAAUAUCUUGAAUUUCGUCUUCAAGGUUCUUCAAACCCCAAACACUUGCAUGUUCUCUUUAUGAAGGAUUUGAUACAGGAAGCAACCACAUGGAAGCUUAAGGAGUUUACAGUUUCUACAAUGUUACAAGGAGUCAUGAAAGAUUAUGGUGGCAGUAAGCUUAUUGAGAGUUCGGAAGUGAAGGCAUAUUUGAUGAAGGAAGAUGAGACUGCAACGCAAACUUCAGGAGACGAUAGGGUUGUGGUGUAUUUGCAAAAAGGUAUUCAAGAGCCAGUUAAAACAGAGGUAUCGAAGAGGCAGUUGGGAAGGUCAGUGAUAGAAUCAUCAACACCACAUGAUGAAACCCAGAAACCAGUGGAUUCCAAGAAAGAAGAUGAGUCUGUGGAGCACGUUGAUGUCAUGGACUACACUCAACCCCAUCGCAAACCACCUAUUCACAAUGAGAAGUCCUAGGCAGACGCACACACACACAGACAACUUGAUUUUCUUCUCUUAUAUCUUAUAUAUAUACCUCGUGUUUAAUUAAUUUUCAUCGGUGAAUAUAUAUGUCAACUUUAUGUAAUGAAUAUACAGAGUA